AUGCCGCGCGGUGGGAAAAAGGGCCAUAAAGGCCGUGGAAAGCAAUUCAGCAACCCGGAGGAGAUAGACCGACAGAUGCGCGUCCAAAGAGAGAUGGAGGCUGCUGGAGCAGAGAAGGGAAGUGGCUCAGAGUCUGAAGAAGAAAGUAGCAGUGAUGAUGACUCUAACAGGAAAAGGAGCGGGGUUGAGGGCCUUAUUGAAAUUGAAAACCCCAAUCGUGUGUCUCAGAAGAACAAGAAAGUGGCUGAGCUUGACGUAGAAGCGCCUAAAGAGCUGUCCCGCAGAGAGAGAGAGGAGAUAGAGAAGCAGAAAUCAAAAGAACGCUACAUGAAGCUGCAUCUGGAGGGGAAGACUGACCAGGCCAGAGCGGACCUGGCCCGACUGGCAAUCAUCAAGAAACAGAGGGAAGACGCUGCCAAGAAGAGGGACGAACUAAAGAAGGAUGCUGAAGAAGCCAAAGGAAAGCGUUAG